AUGAACAGCCAAUUCAUCAGAGAUAGUUUUUGGGGCCGCAUAGUAUACCACUUGUCUGGGCACAAAUAUUUCAAUCAUAGAGAAGAACAACCAGAUUAUGAAAUACCAACUAAAUAUUUGAGCGGAAGUGAGAAGAAUGAGUUUACAGUGACACAAGAAUCACAAGAACUGUCUGAACUGUCGAUUUCAUCGAGUUCCAGUUCGUCCACAAUUGCUGCAAUUGAUGAAGUAAAAGCUGAUGAUUCGCUCAUUGUGGUGGAUUGGGAUGGUCCUGAUGAUCCCGAAAACCCUUACAACUGGCCGCUUCUACAAAAAGUGAUUUUUGCGGGAGAAAUUGCAUUUUUGACAUUAUCGGUGUACAUGGGUUCGGCAAUAUAUACUCCAGGUAUUGAUUAUCUUAUGGAGGAUCUUGGAAUAACGAAAGUCAAAGCUACGCUUCCAUUGACUAUGUUUGUUAUUGGGUACGGUUUGGGUCCUAUGGUGUUGUCUCCCAUGUCAGAAAAUGCCAUUUUUGGAAGAACCUCCAUCUACAUCAUCACAUUAUUCUUUUUCUUCAUUCUUCAAAUCCCACAAAGUUUUGGAGUUGGAACCCACUCAAUUGCAUCUUUGAGUGUUCUCCGGUUUUUGAGCGGAAUUUUCGCUUCACCUGCCUUGGCUACUGGCGUAGCUAGUUUUGGAGAUGUGGUGACUCUACCAUAUAUGCCCGUGGGCAUUGCCUCGUGGAGUAUUUCUGCCGUAUGUGGUCCCUCAAUGGGUCCUUUGAUUGGAGCAGUAUUGGUCAAUGGAAGCCACGGCGACUGGGUAUGGCCAUUUAGAUUCAUGAUGAUUAUUUCUGGAGCCUGUUUUUUGGUUCUUGGAUUUCUUCUUCCUGAGUCAUAUGGAAAGACACUUUUACGUCGGAAAGCUCAAAGAUUGCGGGCGUUAACAGGUAACGAGAAUAUCAUGAGCGAGGGAGAAAUUGAAAACAAGAACAUGACUGUUCGUGAGCUUGCAAUUGAUACUCUUUGGAGACCAUUUGAAAUUGCGCUCACCGAGCCAGUGGUGCUUCUGAUCGACCUCUACAUUUCCUUGGUGUACUCAAUUAUGUACUUGUGGUUCGAAGCAUUCCCAAUUGUGUUUGUGGAGACCUAUGGGUUCACCUUGGUGGAGUUGGGAGUGUCCUAUGUCAGUGUAAUGAUUGGAGUUUUGGUGGGAGCCGUAUUCUACAUCUCGGUAAUUUACCAAGUAUUCACCAAAAAGUUUUUCAAUGGAAAAGGCGACACCAUCACUCCAGAAGUGUUCCUUCCAGUUGCUAUUGUUGGUAGUUUGUUGAUGCCCAUUGGAAUCUUCAUCUUUGGCUGGAGUGCUAAUUCUCAACACCACUGGAUGGGACCUAUUAUGGGAGCAGCCGUAUUCUGUACUGGAGCAUUUUUAGUGUUCCAGACAUUGUUCAACUACAUGGCUAUGUCUUUCCCAAGAUACAUGGCUUCUGUGUUUGCUGGUAACGAUCUUUUCAGAUCAGUAAUUGCUGGCUGUUUUCCACUUUUUGGUUCGGCAUUGUUCAAUAACCUUGCAAUCAAAAAGUUUCCUGUUGCCUGGGGCUCUUCAGUGCUUGGUUUCAUAUCACUUGGAAUGGUUGCAAUUCCUGUGACAUUUGCAUUACUCGGGCCCAAGAUUAGAGCCAGAUCAAAGUAUUCUGGAAAUUAA